AUGGCUCCACACACGCGCGCAAAGCGUGCACGCAACGUCGCGUCAACGCCUCAUCCAUCUAUGAAAGCCACCUCCGAUAAUAUUCCUCCUCUAGCCAAAGGCGAUAGCCUCGGCGGCCGUCACGAACCUGAGAGUGUUAGACAGGAGACCGACGAUCCGAAAAGUCAAGAAAUAAAGACACCAGCACCCCAGUACCCACUGUACGGCUCGGGUGGGCGAAUAUCUGGGCGAGAACCAUCACGGACGCCGACACCGGAGCCCUAUGAUCCCGAAACCUACACGGCCUGGUAUCGGAAGCAUUAUGGCGAAGAGCUGUACGCAAUCGUAGAGUGCGAGCAGAUGCCAGUACCACGCACCUACGAUCCUGACACGUACGAUCCUUAUGCGCGAAUGCCUGGACGCCCGAUUCAGAGCCCUAUCAUCCUGAGAACUAUGCGGCAUGGGGCAGAGAGCACCAUGCUCGAGCAAAGGAACAUAUAUCUUCAGUAUGAUCCAAUCUACAAAGAACGCCAGAAAGCCCUAAGGAUAAUGGAACACCAGGUGGAGAGGCGACCGUUCGAGCCGGGACUUCGAGCUGGCGGGAUACGUGAUGAAGGGUGGAAGCGCUUGUGGGCUCGACUUUCCAAGGACUUAGGCGUCGAUAACCACACAUCUCCAACACCGUUAAAGGGCAACGACGACAGCGAAACCGACCUCAGCGGAUACAACACGUACGCCCCAACCCCCGAAACUCGCGAGCCGACGCCUCUCUCCGACGAUCCAUGGGAACGACUGGAGUACGACCGGGGACGUCUGCACUGGGACGAGGAGAGGUAUCGAUUCGAAAAGAUUUUCCUCAACGAGUCCCUCAUAGAUGGGGCUAGGACGAGGAAUGAAAAUGAGCCAGGCGACAGGCAAGCCCGCGAGAAACGCGAGACAAUGGAAAGCUUUCGCUACGUAGAUCCUGCUCGAUUCUCUCUUGAACAGCGCCGCUUUCAAGACCACAUUGAUCUCCGGAAGAAAGGCUGGACGCAGGAGGAGAUCAAUGCUAUGCAUGAUGCUGAAGCUGGCAUAGUUGAAUGGCGACAGAGGAACCCUGCACCAAAAGGAUCAGGCGAUUUUAAUAAGGCAGUUACCCCGUACGAAAGAGCUGCAUCGGAUAGCUGGGAACAGAAUCACAAUGCUGCAAUGAUUCGGUUCUAUGGGGAGCUUCUGCCCCACUUUUCAGGUCCUUUUGGUGCAUCAACCAACCAGGAGGAAAGGGAUGUAAUGGAAAGCUGGCGUAAGAAUAUCCAAGCUCGCGUCUCCGGUCAGCAACAACGAGAACCCCUGCCGAACCUCAUAGGCGAUUAUUCAUCUACUGAAGUGGCAUUGAAACCGCGGGUUUCAUCUCGACACAUGAAGGACACCUUACGCCAGACUCGCGGCGGUCGAAUUGCCAAGAAUACAGCAUUGCCACCCGAUCGAGGCCGUGGACCUUCUAACCUCGACAACAACACACGAACAGAACCCCAACACCAUAACAAACAGCGCCUCCUCGACACAGCCUUUGACCACCCGCCAAACGAGUGGCUCGAGGUGUCGCAGCGACAAGCUCUCGAAAAAGCCAGCGACAGUGAGAAGCGCAAGACCAGGGGACUUGAAGUCUAG